UGGAAUUCUAAGGGGGUCACAGAAACGGUUGCAUCGCGAUUGAUUUUUGGCAAAGACGCCUCCUGAAUUCCUCUCUUCACUCCUUACAUGGACGCUCACAUCAUAGAUCCUCGACGAUGACCAGCACUUCUGCGGCGUGAUCUCGAAAUAAAUGGCGGGGAUGGGUGUCAACAUCAUGGCCGAUACGGGCCUCCUCGACAUCGGUAUCCUCAGAUCCAUCCUGCUUCCCAACCUAGCCUUUUCAUCAUCUCUCAUCUUGCCAUCCUAUCUUCUUCAACGUUUUCAGGUCCCAAUCUCGCCCAGUUCCUUCUGGACAGCGGCGACUCUUGGAAACACGUACUGGCUAGCAGUUGCACCAGGCCUGAGAACCCAAACCCUCCACACAGCAUUACGCCAUAUCCCUAGAUCAAGAUGGCUCUUCUUAGCUGGAUUAACAAUCUCCUCACUCCGGCUGAUCUGGAGCGAUCUAUCAGAACGCGAAUACAGCAGUCUCACGUCCAAACCAGCCAGUGACCAACUCUUUAUGCAUGGUGCAGGUCACUCUAAUGACAGCUGGACUCGAUACCUUCAAGAUUGGGGAGGACGAAUCCUUGUUCACGCCUUGAUCACUUUACCUCUUCUGACGCCUUUCAGACCGAUAUCCUACCCCAUCUUUGGAUGUCCCGUGGAGGACAUCUCGUCCAUCAGAAUCGCGGCCGCUGCUUUGUGGUCUCUGAGCCAGGUCAUAGGUAUUCUCGGCUCGCUGCCUGGACAUAGCCUGGGUCUGCAUGACAGCGUCAGACAUCCAGAGUCCUUGGCCAACGUUCUCGAAAGCACUGCAUACGCGAUCUUCCUCUUUUCCGAGAACCUCCUCAAUCCGUUCUUCCUCCUCUCUCCCAUCGUCACAUAUCUCGGGGCAAGGUACCGAGACUCCGAGGCAGAUCAAGAGUUACAGGACAAGCUUGCAAGGGACGAUCCAGCAGAGUAUCUGCACUUGAAGGACAAGUGGAAUGAUUCCAACUCAUUCUGGCCAGGGCUCAGCAGCUUGAAGCAAAGAUGGACCUGGCUAGCCACGGGUGUAGGGGCCGCAAUGGCGGUAUUGGCGAGCUCGGGCGUCCUGAGAAUGGAAUAGGAUCUAGCCAAACUCGGGGGUUGGAGAAGAUCCAGGUUCAUGCAAAAACCCAAAUGCGCUGCUA